GAGGAGGGUAGUGGCCUGGCCGCUGUGUCUGUCUGUCUGUCGGCUGACUGGCUUCCUGUUGAUCCUCUGUAAACCUGCCUGCCCACCUAUCUGUAAGCCUAUUAUCUUUUCUGGCCAGCUGUCGGGCCUGUGUGAUAAUUUAUCUCUAUCUCUGUACCCAUUGAUUUUUUUUAUCUCUCUAGUUGCUUGAGUUUACCCAUAUAGUUUCUUUCCUGUUCAUCUGCCGGUCCGUUCAUUUCUCUGUCCACUGCCCUGUGUGCCCACCUGCCUCCCUCUCUCUUCCUGAACCUCUGAGCCAUGGCCUGGAGUCACAGGGCCACAGUCUGCCUGGUCCUGCUAGGUCUGGGUCUGGGUCUGGCCAUUGUUGUGUUGGCUGUGGCCCUCUCUCACCACCGUGCCUCUUGUGGCCCCGGGGCCUUUGCACACGCUGCUGUUGCUGCUGACUCCAAGAUCUGCUCAGAUAUUGGACGAGCCAUCCUCCAGCAACAGGGCUCACCCACGGACGCCGCCAUCGCUGCCUUGAUCUGUACUGGUGUCGUUAACCCUCAGAGCAUGGGUCUGGGCGGAGGGGUCAUAUUCACCAUCUACAAUGCGACAACAGGGAAGGUGGAAGUCAUCAAUGCUCGGGAGACAGUGCCAGCCAGCCAUGUCCAGGGCCUGCUAGACCAGUGCAAAAAGGCCCAGCCACUGGGCACAGGGGCCCAGUGGAUUGGGGUUCCUGGGGAGCUCCGUGGCUAUGCUGAGGCCCACCGCCGACACGGCCGCCUGCCUUGGGCUCAACUUUUCCAGCCCACCAUCGCUCUGCUCCGAGAGGGUUUCCAUGUGCCCUCUGUCCUCAGCCAGUACCUCAGCCACAACUUCCUGCGGCCCUUCCUGUAUUCGUCAUCCCUGAGACAGCUCUUCUUCAAUGGGACUGAAACCCUGAGAUCUCAGGACCCAUUUCCGUGGCCUGCCCUGGCGAACACCCUGGAGACAGUGGCCAUGGAGGGUGCGGAGGCCUUAUACACAGGGAGGCUGGGCCGCGUGCUGGUGGAGGACAUUGCCAAGGAAGGAAGCCUGCUGACAGUUCAGGAUUUGGCUGCCUUCCAGCCUGAAGUGGUGGCCCCCUUAGAGAUGGCCCUGGGAAACUACACCCUGUACUCACCACCACCGCCUGCAGGGGGCGCUAUUCUUAACUUCAUUCUCAAUGUGCUGCAAGGGUUCAACUUCUCUGCAGAGACGGUAGCCCGGCCUGAAGGAAAAGUGAACAUGUACCAUCACCUUGUAGAGACACUCAAGUUUGCAAUAGGGCAGAGGUGGCGGCUCUGGGACUCUUACAAUCGCCAAGGGAUACAGAACACCUCCCAGAACCUUCUCGGGGAGGCUCUAGCCCAGAACAUCCGCCAGAAGAUCGACGGCCGCGGUGACCACCAGCUCAGCCACUACAACCUGAUCGGGGUCAGGGGCAACAGGAUGGGCACCUCUCAUGUGUCGGUGUUGGGAGAGGACGGCAGUGCUGUGGCAGCUACCAGCACCAUCAACACACCCUUUGGAGCCAUGGUGUACUCACCUCGGACAGGCAUCCUCCUUAACAACGAGCUCCUGGAUUUGUGCUGGAGGCACGAACCAGGCUCCACUGCCACCCCUCCACCUGUUCCAGGUGAACGCCCACCAUCUUACAUGGUACCCUCCAUCUUGGUCAACAAGGCACAAGGAUCCAAGCUGGUGAUUGGUGGGGCUGGCGGGGAACUCAUCAUGUCUGCUGUGGUCCAGACCAUCAUGAAUAAGCUGUGGCUUGGCUUUGACCUGACAGAAGCCAUUGCAGCCCCCAUUCUACAUGUCAACAGCAAGGGCCAUGUGGAGUAUGAACCCAAGUUCAACGAGGAGGUGAAGAAGGGGCUGCAGGACCGGGGCCAGAGCCAGAGCCCACGACUCUUUUUCCUGAACUCUGUCCAGGCUGUGUCCCAGGAAGGACCCUGUGUCUAUGCGGCAUCUGACCAGAGGAAGGCUGGAAAGGCUUCGGGAUACUAAGACAGCUUUGCCCAGAGGUGGGAUCCGACCCUAGAUGAGUCCUGGGUUGCAGAUGGAUGAGGCUAUAGGUCUAAGUGCUCCAGGACCUGGAGCCUUUGCUACGAGAUCAACCUGGGCCGGAAGAGGACAGGGAACAGCUCCAUAGAUGAAUGACUGAGAGGGAAGGACUGACUUGUCCGUGGUCCCUUCCCAACACCUCUGGUGACCCUGCUCUGGAUCUUCUAGCCUCCCUUGGCAUCAUGCCCAUAUUCCAACUGGUGUGCCUACCAGUCCAGGAUUAAAGAGGAGCCAUACUAUGGGCUGAUUUGGUGGUUCUCAGCAGUUAAGGGACCCCCCAGACAGUGCCCAGUGACAUACAAUACACCUCACAGUCCUGCGGUCCUUCAUGGCUCCAUUCACCAUCGAAGCUCGGGAAUGGGGCUGUGAACGGAGGGCGUCCACCUCUGCCCCACUCAAGCAAGCUACAGUGUGCCUGGGGGCUUCACAGUGUGUCUGCCUCCCAUUUUGCCUGCCAGUGAGAAGGCAGGAGUGUGGCUUGUAGUACUUGCCCUCAACUCUUGUGAGGCCCUAAUCACCUCCAGGAGAAGGUCGGAUGAAGCAAAACUUGAGAACCCUUGCUCAGGUCUUAACAUUGCAUGUUCCCGAGACUAGGGCUCAUUCUUGGUAGUACCAACAUGUGAGAUGAGGUAACCCUUUCUUGCUUAGAGCUGUCCCUACAUGGCACAGCCGUGGCACAAUAGCAUCCCUCAUAUUCCCUCAGACACAGCAGCACAACUCUCUGGACAGGGUUAUACAUCCCUGGUCGAGCAGUGCUGCUUCGGGUAGGUGGGAAACUCUGCAGGCUCUCCAGUCGGGUGCCCGCUGUAGAGGUCUCCCUAGAGGGACCUAAGCAUCUUGCAUCACACUCCUGGGAGCAUCAGGCAUUUCUGGGUCACCCCCAAGUGUCUGCAGGAGUUGCUUUAGUAAAUCCAGAGUGCCACAACAACCUGCCUGACUUACGCAUGCAUCUUAAAGAAAUUCAUCACUCUGCUUCAACAGUUAAAAAGCUCUUUUUGAAAAAACAAAACUCUUUUUGCUAGGACCUAGGUUUUAAUUCCCAGCACCCACAUGGUGGUUCAUCACCAUCUGUAAUUCCAGUUCCAGGGGAUCUGAUGAUCAUUUCUGACCUCCACAAGCACCAACGAUACAUGCAGGCAGAACACUCACACAUAAAAUUAAGUGAAUAAAUCUAAGUUUAAAAACUAAAAGCAAAAUUAAUGACUCAACUCUGAAAACCAGGCAGUCUGAGAUAAAGGUGCCGGCAGGUUCGGUGUUUGCAGAGGGUUCAUUUCCUCUCAGAUAGUCUGUCAUAUGGUGGAAGGAGUUAGGUGACUUGCUCGGGUUUCUUCAAAGACGAUAGAAUCACUCCUCAUGAUCGGUAGAAGAUUGGUUCUAGGACCUCCCCAAAGAAGACGCAAGUCUGUGGAUGCUCACAUCCUUUAUAUAAAACGAAGCCCUGUUUGCAUUAGCUGCUUGUAGAGUCAAGAGCUGGAAGCUCAUGGAAGGUUCGGUGAGAUCCGGGUGGGAUCUUUUGGUGUUCCUGAUUACAAUCAGAUUUUCUUCAUCUUCACUGUGACAUUGUGGUAAGGUAUGGACUCCCGUCCCUUGUGUUGAGACCAUAAAUUUCUCUGCUCCCUCCUGACUACAGCUUCUCUCUGGGCAUGCACUUCUGUGCUUAGCUACAGGAUCAUUUCUGAUUUUAUGACUGCAUGCUUCAAGCUUCUUCAUCUUGCCCCUCCAUGUGUAUGUCUAUCUCCUGCUAUAUCUGUGAUGAUGGAAGUUACAAAAUAAUCCAACACUGGCUCAGAAUUAAAUAUAAUAAAGGGUUAUUUAUUUAGGGGUAGACUCAUAGAUCACAGUCCUCUGGACAAACAGGGAAGAGGAACCGAAUCCAGCAGCUGAAAGAGAGAGCAAGCACACUAUUUACGUCAGCAUUUAUAGUAUAAGAGGCCAAGCCUAAGUCGGCUGGUAUCUUAAAGGCUAUUGGCUGAAGGAGUUCCUACAGCACCUCCCCCUUUUGUUUACACAAGAGAGUUCUAAGCCUAAUACAAAACUAUAUACAAUAAGAACAAAUAUCAAGUAUGAAAAUUAGAAUUACAACCAGCAUAAACAAUGGUGCGUGUAAGUCUAAGAUACCACUGCUUGCUUAA